CUCCGGCUCGCAUAAACAGCUUGAGCCUCGCCCUCAGGUGACGCUCCGAACCUGCUUCCGAACAUAAACAGCUCCGAACCUGCUUCCCACUUUCCAAACAGCCCGUCCCCAAGCUGGCAUUGAUCGGGCACUCUGCCUCGCCCCCCCCCACACACACACACACACACACACACACACACACACACACAUCGCAGUCUCCCGUUCCGCUGGCUGCUGCUGGCACCCGAACCCUCUGAGAGCUUCCGCUGCUUCCCACUCGAAUGCAGAUCGACCACAAGUGGCAUCGCCAGUGCUUGUCAUGUCGUGCCUGGAGCCAGUGAGACCAGCUGAUGGACAGUUAGUUGCCAUGACUUCGGCCAUGCUGAAACACGAGGAGGCCACCAGGAUCCCGGUCACUGAGCCCCUCAGCCAGAUUCCCGGCAUUCCGGAUUAUUUCCCCAGCCACCAGCUUCCUCCGGGAACCUACAUCGCUCCGAGUCUGGAUCCUGAUGAGGAGGACGAGCUGGAAGAGGAGCGUAACAGGCUCAAGAACCUUGGGUUUGGCCAAGCCGUGUCGGGAGUCUUCAGCGCAGUCUUCGGGUUGAUCAUCAUCUUCAUCUCCAGGUGGAGACUCAGCUUCCCCAUCCUGGUGGGCACGCCGUGGUGGACCGGAGUCCUGGCGACUGUGGCUGGCCUCCUCGCUCUGGCUGUGCGCAGCUCCUCCAACAAGUCAAUGACCAUCGCUUGCCUCGUUGCUAACAUUCUGUGUGCCAUGGCCUGUACUCCGGCUGUGCUUCUGUACUCUCUCAACGUUCGUUUCUAUCCCUGCAUCGUCUACUGCUUCGUCAACUGCAGAGCGAGAAUUAUCAGCGCCAUCAUCAUUGCCCUGCUCCUGAACUGCCUCAUCUCCCUGGUCAUGUCUGUCGCCAUCGCCAUCAUCAACUGCCGAAACAUCAGGUGCUGCACCGUUGACCCACCCACGACAAUGAUCGUGGUCCACGCCAAUCAGAUGGUUCCUGCUGAACUCUUGCCCCAGUUCACCAACAAGGACAGCCUGAAGAAACUGGACAGCCCCCACCCAGUCUACAGCGUCCCCCUGCACUGAGGGGGUGGGGGGAGAGAGAGAGAGAGAGAGAUCCCCCCCCACCCAGUCUACAGCGUCCCCCUGCACUGAGGGGGUGGGGGGAGAGAGAGAGAGAGAGAGAGAGACCCCCCCCCCACCCAGUCUACAGCGUCCCCCUGCACUGAGGGGGUGGGGGGAGAGAGAGAGAGAGAGAGACCCCCCCCACCCAGUCUACAGCGUCCCCCUGCACUGAGGGGGUGGGGGGAGAGAGAGAGAGAGAGAGAUCCCCCCCCACCCAGUCUACAGCGUCCCCCUGCACUGAGGGGGGUGGGGGGGAGAGAGAGAGAGAGAGAGAGACCCCCCCCCACCCAGUCUACAGCGUCCCCCUGCACUGAGGGGGGUGGGGGGGAGAGAGAGAGAGACCCCACCCUGACCCUGUGUACGGUGUCCCGCUACAUUGAGGAGGUGGGGGUGGUGAGAGAGAGAGAGAGAGGGAGAGAUCCCCCCCUCCCCCUGACCCUGUCUACUCCAUGCCCCCUGCACUGAGGGGUUAGGGGUGGGGGGAGGCAGAGACAGAGAGAGUCCCAGGGCCCUCUAUCUGCUGAUUUCUUGCCCCCACCACCACACCCACCAUCUACAGAUCUCUCCCCCUGCAGAUCUCCCCCUGGAGAUCACCCAACCAAUCUCUUCCCCAACAUCUGCUCUUGUGGAUCUCCCCUCUGGAUGGCCCACUGUAGACCCCUGCCCCUGUAGAUCUCCACCCUUGUAGGUCCCUCUCUGCAGAUCUCUCUCUCUGCAUACCUCCUCGACAGAUCACCACCGCCCAAAUCCACCCACCCCACAGAUCUCCCCUACAAAUCUCACCCUGUCCAGAUUCCGCACCCCAACCUGACCCCACUCCCCGUAGAUCCCUGCCCCAGCAGAUCUUCCCAUGUGGAUCCCCACCUACAGAUCCCUCCCGCUCCGAUCUCUGAACCCGGGCCACGGGG